CACAAGAACCCGCAAACAUGUCCACAAACGCCCGUGAUUCCUGGCUUGGUACAUGUUUCUCCUCCGUUUUCCUUCGGCCUCGGGAUACUCUCGAUGGCGGGAUCUAGGGUCGGUAGUUCGUGGAGACCCGAGAUCAUGGAUUGAUCACUCAGCCAUAUCCCAUUUUCUCGCAGCCCAUUGAUAUCGUUCAAUUACAAUAUACACUUUGAUGAGUCCUUUAGCACAUUGCCCUCAUCCUGCAUCUAAUGCCGAUACCACCCCAAAAAACCGACGUCCUAAUCGUCGGUUCCGGCUCCGCCGGCCUCUUCGCCUCCAUCUGGCUCUCCCAAACCAGCAUCCCCUUCACGAUCCUCGAGCGUCGAAAUGGCCCGUUACAGAUCGGCCAAGCGGACGGCGUCCAGUGCCGGACGGUCGAGAUUUAUGAAUCGUUCGGGAUCUCCGAGGAGCUGCUGAGAGAGAGUUAUCAUGUUUUGGAGGUGGCGUUUUGGGGGCCCGCUGGGGAGAAGGGGAUUGAGAGGAAAAGGAGGAGUGCGGAUACCGAGGGGGGCGUGAGUCAUUGUCCGCAUGUUAUUUUGAAUCAGGCGAGGAUGAAUGCGUUGGCGAUGGGGGUUGUGGAGAGGAAUGUGCAGAGGAGGAGAGAGGAGAGUAAGGGGAAGGGGGAAGCGAGGCAGGGAGUGCAGUAUGGGUGGGAGGUGAAGAGCGUGAGCGUUGAUGAGAAGAGGGUUGGGGAUCCGAAUGCGUAUUGUGUGAGGGUGGAAGCGGAGAGGGAGGGCCUGAGGCAGGUUUGGGAGGCAAAGUAUGUCUUGGGCUGCGACGGCGCACACUCGACUGUCAGGCACAGCCUAGGAUACCGAAUGAUAGGCGACACCAGCGACACCGUCUGGGGCGUCAUGGACAUCUUCCCUCGCACCAACUUCCCAGACAUCCGUCGCAAAUGCACUAUUCACUCUUCCUCAGGGAACCUCCUCAUUAUACCCCGAGAGGGUGGAUCCAUGGUGCGCUUCUACAUCCAGCUUCCAGCCGGUUCGCAGGCCAAAGCCGUAAAGCUCGCGGAUCUGCAGACGACGGCGAAGAAGAUCUUUCAGCCGUAUGAUAUGGAGAUCGCUGAAACGUUCUGGUGGUCGGCGUAUUCGAUCGGUCAGCGUCUGGCCGAGCAGUUCCAUAAGGGCUAUAGAGUUUUCCUGACGGGUGAUGCGUGCCAUACGCAUUCUCCGAAAGCGGGGCAGGGGAUGAAUGUGUCACUCCAAGAUGGGUAUAAUCUCGGUUGGAAAUUAUGUCAAGUCCUGAAAGGCUUGUCACCACCUUCGCUGUUGAAGACAUAUGUCCUGGAGCGUUCGAAGACGGCGAAAGAUCUCAUUGAGUUUGACCGUGAGUUGGCGAGGAUGUUCAGCUCGAAAGAAGAUCCGGAGGUUUUUGCAAAGUAUUUCGUAAAGAGUGGGAGGUAUAUGGCUGGAUUGACGGCGAGAUACGAGGACUCAGAGAUCACGGACAGGAAACAGAGUAAAGAAGAGGUGGCUAAGCAAGUGGUUGUGGGCAUGCGGUUUCCCAGCGCGCAGGUGGUGCGGUUCUGUGAUUGCAAGGCGGUGCAGUUGUUGAGUGUGCUGAGGAGUGAUGGGCGGUGGAGGGUUGUGAUUUUUGGAGGGGAUAUUGUGGGCAGGAAGAGGGAGGCCAAGAGGUUGGAGGAGUUGGCCACAUUCCUGGAAGGGUUGGUCCGGCGAUAUACCCCUUCUACGGCAGACAUCGAUAGUCUCAUCGAGCCGAUUGUUCUUUUGAGCAGCAAGUUCGCCAAAUUACAGCAGGAGCAAAUUCCGCAGUACUUCUGGCCAGUGACCGGGAAGUGGAGGAUGAGAGAUCUGCAUAAAGUCUACGUUGAUGACGAGCACUAUAACGCCGGUCACGGUCACGCGUACGAAAGGUAUGGUGUCGAACCCAUGGUAGGCGCAGUAGUGAUCGUGAGGCCGGAUCAAUAUGUUGCGAAGGUGACGACGCUGGAUGAGCAUGACGGUAUCGUGAGAUUCUUCAAGGGACUGUUUAUCGAGCGAGGGGAGACAAGUCCCAGUGUGAAAUUAUGAUGAUGGAGAGCGCGGAGAGUGAUGAUGGUGAGCAUCACUCUACGUAAAUGUUCUUCUCUCGAACAACGCAGCCGGUCUUGCAUGUUCUAGUUGUGCCACAGUUUAUCUCGAACGCACAAAUCUUUGGCACAUAUGUCCAAUCUUGAAGAAAUCUCAGCUUUCUGUAUCCCAUGAAUCUGCCAGGUUCUUCAUGACAACGAACCUGUGAGUCAAUAUCCAGUCUAAGAUAUAUAAACCUC